AUGUCUAAAUACACUAACGUCAAGAUCAUCCACAUUCAAUACCCCGAAGAAAUCCAUAGAGCACUUGCUGUUCGUAGACAAGUCUUUAUUCAAGAACAAGGUUAUUCAGAGGAAAUUGAACUUGAUGGUCAAGAUGCAGUCUGCCAACAUUGGGUUGCUACAUGUGACAAAGAGAAUCCAGAUGGUACUAUUGAACACAACGUAGAUAUCGGAAACGUUCGUUUGAUACCCAAGCCAGAUGGUGUAGCGAAAUUGGGGCGACUUGCUGUCUUGUCAGAUGCUCGUGGUCUUCAGAUCGGCCGCUUGUUAGUUGAAGCCUUUGUAGAGUAUUGCAAAACCAGUGGGCUCAACACUAUUGUAUUGCAUUCGCAAUAUCCUCGACGUGGGUUUUACGAAAAGACUGGUUUCAAAAUCGAGCAGGGUGAUGAUCAAAUCUUUGAAGAAGCGGGUACACCUCAUGUUCGUAUGUGGAUGCACCUAUAG